GGGUUCAUUUUGCUGCUUUCUUCUCCUGUUUUUCCUCUCACGCCGCUUUUGUCAGCACGUUUCCAAGUAACGAUUAUCUAAAGGACUUUAAAAAGCGAGAGCCAGACGGUUAACUCUUGCGAUGCCCUAGUCCAUUCUCUCUCUCUCUCUCUCUCUCUCUCUCUCGUCGUAAAUCGAGGAUUAUGAGGAGUUAAUGUGAAAUUGGCAAAACUGCUAAAUUUGUUUUCCCUCCACUAUUGCUCCUUCUUGAAAAUCUUGUAAUUCUAGAAAUUCUCUCUAGUCAAAAUUUUGGAAGUCAAGGAAUGUCCUCAUUUUUGUUCCAGUGGUAUACAAUUAGAAGUCUCAGUAUGCUGGGAAGACCCUUUAAGCCUCUGGAAGAGAGGUGAGAGUUUUUAUUAAAACAGGAAUAAUAUAAAAGAGAAAAAUGAAGCCAACCCGUGAACCUCUGCCUCGUGAACAUAGUACUGAGACUGUUCUCCGGUGCAUUUUAAGGGAGUCCACCAGUGAAUUGGAUAGUUUACAAUGGCUAUCCAAUCAAGGGGCUUCCGAUCAUAAUUUUCUGUUUGUAAAGGCUGAACAACUUCUGGAAAAGCGAAUCAAAGAUGGAGAGCCACUGGCAUAUUUUCUCAAAGGGCAACUUUAUUUUGAAGAGAAACGGUAUGAAGAUGCAUUAUUGCAUUUUGAACAAAACACGGAUUUUCAGUCCAUGUAUCAGUUGGGUGUAAUGUACUACGAUGGAUUGGGAACUCCUCCAAAUUCUAAGAAAGGAGUUGAAUAUAUGAAGAAGAUUCUCAAUUCUGACUCCCCUAAAGCACAACAUUUAAAAUUUGCUGCUGCAUACAACCUUGGCCGAGCUUACUAUGAAGGACAUGGGACUCAAUUUUCUGAAGAAGAAGCUGAAAGAUUAUGGCUUAUUGCUGCAGAUCAUGGAAACCCAAAAGCAAGUGUAAAGGCUCAGAGUACACUUGGAAUGUUGUAUUCAGCACAUGCUAAGGAUCUUAAAAAGGCGUUCUUUUGGCACUCAGAAGCUUGUGGGAAUGGAAGCUUGGAAUCUCAAGGCAUCCUUGGGAUUAUGUAUCUUCACGGACAUGGCAUACGUCACAAUUUGAAGGCUGCUUUGGAGUGCCUCAAUCAGGCAUCAGAUCGAGGAAAUGUCUAUGCUAAAGGCCAUUUGGUGGAGUAUUAUUACAAAAGAAAAUGUUUUAUAAAAGCGGCCGAGUUUGCCAAAAGAUCACAAGUCGUUCUACGAGGGACCACCCUAUAGCAGUAUUCAGAAGCUUCAGAUGAUAUUAAAUGCAGUGGUGCAGGCAGUUAUGUGUGCUUCUAGAACAUGUUACAAGUCUGCUCCACAAGCUGCAUUGGCUGCCAGUUUGCUUCCAGGUUCAAUUCAAGGGGCUGGCUGCCUGGCUGGCUCCAUCCAUCCAUCCAUCCAUCCAUCCAUCCAAUUUAUUUGCCACCUAUCUCCCAGUGGGGCUACUCUAGGCAGUUUACAAUAAUAAAAAGAAAAUGAGAAGAAUGUAAAUAGAACAAAAUAACAAAUGUACUGUAGUUAUUUUUUUUCCCUAAUAAAACAUAUUAAUUUGA